AUGAAGGAGCUUCUGAUACAACAGAGUUUGACGAAAACAUUGUUGAAAAAGUCAAAGAAACCUGUAAAAAUUACUGAUGAAGAUUGGGAGGAGAUGGAGAAAAAGGCAAUAAAUGCUAUUCGAUUGAAUAUUUUUGAAGAUGCCCUACAAUAUGUUAUGGGAUUUUCCCUCCUCCCACUCAUUGAUCUUCAAGUUGUCAUCAAUGGUUUGAAAAGGUUUAUUGCAGGUCCCACUACAUCUAAGGGUGAUAUUGAGACUCCAAUAUUGGUCUUUGUAUUUAUGGAAGACACAAGCAAGGGGCGAGAAGAUAGAGAUUUUCAACUUUUGGAGCCUCUUUUGAAAAUUAGUUCCAAUCAAAACAAUGGUAACAAUGGACAAGGAUCAAGUAUUAGUGAAGGGAGUGUAUCUUCUUAUGCAAAUGCCAAUCUUUUUAAUAUUUUUACUUUCUCUUGGAUGAACCCUUUGCUUGCACAAGGGUACAACAAAACAUUGGACCUUGAAGAUGUUCCUCAGCUUGCCAAUUGUGAUAGUGCCAAUGUGGUAUUUACUCAAUUUAGAAAUAAACUUGAAUCAUAUUGUAAUGGCAAUGGCAGUGGUAGUCAAGUAAGCACAAUUAAGCUCGUGAAGGCAUUGAUUAUCUCAACUUUGAAAGAGAUUCUGUGGACGGCUAUAUUCUGCAUUGCAUGCACAUUGGCUUCUUAUGUUGGACCAUACCUUAUUCAUACCUUUGUUCAGUUUCUUAAUAGCCCUUACCAAUUAAAAUAUAAAGGCUAUGUGUUAGUGCUUAUUUUUUUUCUUUCAAAGCUCAUAAGGUGCCUCUCAGAGAGACACUUGUUCUUUCAAUUGCGAAAGAUGUCGAUUAGGGUCCGUGCUGCCUUAGUGGGAAUAAUCUAUAAGAAAGGUCUCAUGCUUUCAAGCCAAUCAAAGCAGAACCACACUAGUGGGGAGGCCACUAAUUUGAUAAGUGUUGAUGUCGAGCGGAUUAGCUUUUUCAGUUGGUAUUUGCAUAAUAUAUGGAAGGUGCCUGUUCAGAUUGUUCUAGCAUUGUUGAUCUUGUACAAGUACCUUGGGCUUGCUUCACUUGUAGCUUUUGUUGCCACGAUAAUUUUGAUGUUAGCAAAUUUUCCAUUGGGAAAACUACAAGAAAAGUUUCAAGGGGAAUUGAUGGAUUCAAAGGAUCGAAGAAUGAAUGUGACAUCCGAAGCUUUGAGGAAUAUAAAGAUUCUCAAGCUCCAAGGUUGGGAGAUAAAGUUUUUGGCUAAGAUAAUUGAGCUCAGAAACUUUGAAACAAGAUGGCUAAAAAAGUUACUUUAUACAUCAGCUCUGACUUCCUUUGUCUACUUGUCUGCUCCUAUGUUUGUAUCCUUGAUUACUUUUGGGUUCUGUGUGCUUACAGGAAUUCCAUUAGAUUCAGGAAAGAUUUUAUCUGCACUUGCAACAUUUGAUUUAUUGCAAACACCCAUUUAUAAUGUCCCAAGCACAAUCUCUAUGGUGGUUCAGACUAAAGUUUCCCUUGAUAGAAUAGCUUCAUUCCUUUGUCUUGAUGAUCUUCAUUUGAAUAUAGUACAAAAGCUUCCAAGAAAUGAUGACAAGGUUGCAGUUGAGAUAGUCGAGGGGAAUUUCUCUUGGAACAUUCAAUCCUCUGAUCUCACACUAAAAGAUCUUAAUUUUCAAGUGCACUGUGGUAUGCGAGUAGCUAUUUGUGGUUCUGUUGGGUCAGGCAAGUCAAGCUUACUUUCAUGCAUAUUAGGAGAAGUGCCAAAAGUAUCUGGAGCCAUUAAGUUGAAUGGGACAAAAGCAUAUGUUGCACAAUCACCUUGGAUACAGAGUGGCAAGAUAGUAGAUAAUAUAUUGUUCGGUAACGAGAUGGACAAGGAAAGGUAUGAAAUGAUCCUUGAAGCAUGUUCAUUGAAGAAGGACCUAGAAGUGCUUGCUUUUGGAGACCAAACUAUCAUAGGGGAGAGGGGUAUCAAUUUAAGUGGUGGACAGAAACAAAGGAUCCAGAUUGCACGUGCUUUGUACUAUGAUGCUGAUAUUUAUCUACUUGAUGAUCCUUUUAGUGCUGUGGAUGCGCACACCGGAGCUCAUCUAUUUAAGGAGUGUUUGCUAGGAAUUUUGGGUUCAAAAACAGUAAUUUAUGUAACCCACCAAAUAGAGUUUUUACCUUCUGCAGAUCUUAUCCUGGUUAUGAAAGAUGGAAGAAUUACUCAAACAGGAAAUUCUAAAGAAAUUUUUAGUUCAGGAAUUGACUUUAUAGAGGCAGUGGAUGAGCAUAAAAAAGCUUUGGCAGACCUUGAUUCUGUAAAAUGUGAGAUUUCCAUGGAUAAUUUAAUUAAUGGUGGGGAAGAUGGAAAUAUUAUUUGUAGCGAUAAGUCUAUUCAAGAAGAUGAGGAAAGGGAGCUUAAAAACAAAAAAACAGAAAAUUUUGUUGUGCCAGAAGAGCAGCUUGUCCAAGAAGAAAAGAGAGAAAAGGGUGGAGUUAAUUUUUCAGUCUACUGGAAGUAUGUUACAGCUGCAUAUAAAGGGGCUUUUGUUCCAUUGAUAUUGUUAGCACAAAUUCUUUAUGGGCUUCUCCUAACAUGCAGCAGUUAUUGGGUGGUGUUGGCUACUCCUAUUUCAGAGGAUGUCACACCUUAUAUUAGAGGAUCCACUCUCAUCUUUGUUUAUGUUGCUUUGGCCAUCGGAUGUUCACUUUGUGUAUUUAUAAGGUCCAUGCUAAUUGUAACUGUUGGGUAUAAGACAGCCACUUUGUUCUUCAACAAAAUGCACUUGUGCAUUUUCCAUGCUCCUCUAUUAUUUUUUGAUUCUACUCCAAGUGGAAGGAUUCUAAAUCGGGCAUCCAUAGAUCAAAGUGUUAUUGAUACCUCUAUUUCACAUCAAUUUGAAGAACUUCUUGUCUCAGUUAUAGAAUUCUUGGGAACUGCUGCAGUAAUGUCACAAGUUGCAUGGCAAAUGUUUAUAGUUUUUAUUCCGAUGACUGUGUUAUGCAUAUGGUACCAGCAAUACUAUGUAUCUACAGCACAAGAACUAUCACGGCUGACCGGAGUAUGCCAAGCUCCAAUUAUACAACAUUUUUCUGAAUCUAGUUUAGGUUCAACCACAAUCAGAUGCUUCGAUCAAGGAGAUAGAUUUUUAGACACAAGUCUCAAGCUGGUGGAUGGGUAUUCCCGACCCAAAUUUCAUUUCUCUGGUGCAAUGGAAUGGUUAUGUUUUUGCAUGGAUAUGUUGGCAUCUAUCACAUAUGUUGUAUCUUUGGUUUCUCUGAUCUCAGUGCCAAAGGGAAUACUCAAUCCUGGUGUUGUGGGCUUAGCAAUCACAUAUGGGCUUGGUUUCAGUAUGCAUGGGAUCAUAUGGGAUCUUAGCAUUCUUCAGAAUAAAAUCAUAUCUGUUGAGAGAAUACUGCAAUAUGUCUGCAUUCCUAGUGAACCCCCUUUGUUGGUAGAAGAAAAUAGGCCUAAUUGUGAAUGGCCAUCACAAGGGAAAGUUGAUAUUCUUGAUUUGCAGAUCCGGUAUGGCCCACAUCUUCCACUUGUCUUACGAGGUCUUACAUGUACUUUCCCUGGAGGGAUGAAAAUUGGUAUCGUUGGACGAACUGGAAGUGGUAAAUCAACUCUUGCACAAGCUCUCUUCCGCUUGUUUGAACCUACAUCUGGUCAAAUUUGGAUAGAUGGUAUCAACAUCUCCAAGAUUGGUCUUCAUGACUUGCGAUCAAGAUUAAGUAUCAUCCCACAAGAGCCCACAAUGUUUGAAGGGACUUUAAGAAGCAAUCUUGACCCACUUGAAGAGUACACUAAUGAACAGAUCUGGGAGGCUUUAGAUAAAUGCCAACUUGGUGACGAGUUUAGAAAGAAGGAAGGAAAGCUUGACUCUACAGUGACUGAGAAUGGAGAAAAUUGGAGCAUGGGUCAAAGGCAACUAGUCUGUUUAGCAAGGGUAUUACUCAAGAAGAGCAAAGUGUUAGUUCUCGAUGAAGCUACUGCAUCAGUGGAUACUAUGACUGACUAUCUAAUUCGACAAACAAUUAGGCAACAAUUCUCAGGGUCUACUGUCAUCACAAUCGCACAUAGGUUAACAUCAAUUCUUGAUGUCGAUAUGGUACUCCUUCUCGAUAAUGGUCUUUUAGUGGAAUAUGAUUCCCCAUCCAAAUUAUUAAAGAUUGAGUCCUCAUCAUUUGCAAAGCUUGUUAAGGAAUAUACUCUAAGAUGGCGUGCUCAGGUCUCUAUUUUGGAGCUCGCCCAAUGGUGGAAAAGAAACAAUAAAAUUGUGAGCUGCAAGGAGGCGUGGACCAUGGGUUUUGGUAUUGUUAUAGAUCACUUGUGGAGGGAAAGAAAUAAUAGAGUCUAUGAGGGUGUGGAGCGGAUAACAAAAUAUACCUCACUUAUGGUGAUUGAAGAAAUAAGAAGAAAUGCUCCUAUAGCAAAGGGAGUUAAUUCCUUGGUAGACCUUGAGUGUUGCAAACGUCUGGGAUUAUCUAUCCAAAAAGAUAAUCGUCGUCACAUUUUGGAGGUUUAUUGGUGCAAACCCCCCAUUAAUUGGAUCAAAUUAAAUUUUGAUGGGAGCUCUUUGGGAAAUCCUGGGCACGCUGGAGCGGGAGGAAUUUUUCGUGAUCAUCUUGGUAAAGUGAUAUGUUCAUAUAAAAAAUAUAUGGGAGUGACAGGGGUACUUGAGGCUGAAGUAGAGGGGCUGAUGGAGGGUUUGAUGCGAGCCAAGGACAUGGACAUUCAACAUUUGUGGAUUGAGUCAGACUCGAGGGCUGUUGUGGUUUUAAUUCAGCAAAGGAAGAUUCCUUGGUUUGCUUUGCAAAGGUGGAUAUAUCUCCAGCCUUACAUGAGAAGAAUUUCUUGGAAAAUUUCUCACAAUUACAGAGAGGGGAAUUCAGUGGCAGAUUUCUUGGCAAGAGAUGCGGCUAAGAGUGGGACUAGAAGGAUGUUGUCCAAUUCUCAAGUUCUUACAGCCUUGGAGACAAACUAUCAGGGAAUCACAAAGGAAACUUGGGAAGAAGAAUUCAUCAAUGGCAGGGUGGAUUUAGAGAAAAUGGAUUAUUCAGGAAAAGGACCCAAUAUUAGAAAAGAGGCUGAAGAGAGGAUGGUGCCUGUGAGAGAUUCGACGAAGGGGUGGCCACCUGACUGUGGAAAGCAACCUCUGAUUAUUGAGUAUCUCCGACCUAGAACUGCACCAGUGGAGAUUGGAGUAGGAGAGGGUCAGCCUAAGGAGAUCAAUGGAGGACAUAAGGAGAGGAUUUCUGAUGAUCCGAGCAACCAUAGACCUGCUGAGAAGAGGUCCUACUCUACGGUGGUAGGGAAGGCGAUUCCAAAUGUUGGGCAACUUCCUGAGCCGAUCCAUGCUGGAUUGCUCACAAAAAUAAUUAUUCCCCAAGACGCGUACGAGGAGAGGCUCCUGAGGUUCAGAUUCACUUUGAUUGGAAGGGUUAUUUUUUAG